AUGUCGUCCUCGAUAUCAGCUCUAGCUAAGCCCCGCGUAUUCCCUACUUCAGGAUGUGAUAUUAUUGAUGCAAGCGAUAGAGUGGAAGAGGAGACCUUGCCGACUUACGCUCCCGAUAAGUAUUAUCCUAUUCACAUCGGAGACCUCCUGGACGCUCUAUAUCAAGUACUCGUGAAUUUGGGGUACGGUGUAACAUCGACGGUCUGGCUUUGUCGUGACUUAGUUGAUCCUAAGUAUGUUGCUUUGAAGGUCUACGUCCACGGCAUCGAGAGGGACCACGAACUUAGAAUCUAUAACCACAUAAACUCUGUUCGGGCGGAUUGUCCUCACGGGCGCCAUAUAUGUCUCGUUCUCGAACCUCUUGGACUUAGCGUGGACCAAUUUCUAUGGUUCUUCCCUGAAGGAGUAAUGACCCUUGACGAUUUGAAGCCAUGUCUGCGACAGGUCUUGGGGGUAUUGGAUUUUCUUCAUACCGAGGCCAAUGUGAUACAUACUGAUAUACAGCUGAAAAACCUUCUGUUACACGCUGGUGAUCCGCAAACUUUUUCGAAUAUCGAGGAGGGAGAGAUCAAAGCGCCCUCACCUAGAAAAAUGCUGCCUUGGAAUGGAUUACCUUUGCUCAGUGACUUCGGCGAGGCUCGAUUUGGCAAUGUGGAGCAUCACGACGAUAUUAUGCCCAACGUAUACAGAGCAUGUGAGGUUGUUCUAAAAAUGAAUUGGGACUGCAAGGUUUACAUUUGGAGCGUUGCAACUAUGGCCUGGGAUAUUGUUUGCCGUCGCACUCUGGUUCAUCUUGCCGAGAUGGUUGCACUUCUAGGUAUUCCUCCUGCUGAAUUUGGGAAACGAAGCCGGGUUGGUCAUGUAUUCUUUGAUAAUGAUGGCCGAUGGAAAGACCUUGCCCCAGUGCCCGACAUAACGCUUGACAGACUGGCAGCCCAUAUCCAAGGAGAUGACAAGGACGGAUUUCUGCUGUUUUUACGAAGAGCCCUGGAGUGGGACCCUGAGAGAAGGCCAACCGCUAGGGACCUAUUGUUUGAUGCGUGGCUGAUGAAGGGUUUAGACCUUAGCAGGCGUGGUUAG